UCGGCAGCCCGGGGGGUACGGCCAGCGGCAGCCGGGCAGCGCGAGAGGCCGCCCCGCCGCCGGCUGCGGGAAGCGGCUCUUAGCGGAGCGCGGAGCUGCACCUGGCCCGGAGGGUCCCCGCCGGGGUUUCCCCUCAGCCCGCUUCUUUGCCUUUUUUUUUUGUCUUUUUUUUUACCUUCCCCCUCUCCUCCCUCCCUCCCCUCCCCUCCCGGAGCAUUGCGAACGGGGGUAUUUUCUUCGGGGUAUAAAGCUGAGAAUAGACGGGAGGAGAGCCUCAGAGCUUCACCUCGUUGCCUCAUCCCCGUUCGCAUGCGAACCUCCUGCAACAUCUCCUUCCUCCUGCUCCUCUCACCUGGCCGCCUCUGCCCAGAUCAUGUCCGCUAAGCUCCUGCUGGUUUUCUUCCUCCUCUCAGUGUUCCACGCCCGUUCCAGAAAGGUUGAAGAGGAUGAAUAUGAAGAUGGAACAACCAACCAAAAAUGGGUUUUAGCUCCAAAAACACAAGACACAGAUGUGACCUUGAUACUAAACAAGCUGUUGAGAGAGUAUGACAAAAAACUACGGCCGGAUAUUGGAUUAAAACCAACAGUUAUUGAUGUUGACAUUUAUGUCAACAGCAUUGGUCCUGUAUCAUCAAUAAAUAUGGAAUAUCAAAUUGAUAUAUUUUUUGCUCAGACGUGGACAGACAGCCGUCUUCGCUUCAACAGCACCAUGAAAAUACUGACUCUGAACAGCAACAUGGUUGGUUUGAUCUGGAUCCCAGACACAAUAUUUCGGAACUCCAAAACAGCAGAAGCACACUGGAUCACCACCCCAAACCAGCUGCUCCGGAUAUGGAAUGACGGCAAGAUCCUGUACACCCUCAGGCUUACCAUCAAUGCUGAGUGCCAGCUGCAGCUACAUAAUUUCCCAAUGGAUGAACACUCAUGUCCACUGAUAUUCUCAAGCUAUGGCUAUCCUAAAGAAGAAAUGAUUUACAGAUGGAGAAAAAACUCAGUGGAAGCUGCUGACCAGAAGUCUUGGAGACUCUAUCAGUUUGACUUUAUGGGUCUCAGAAAUACUUCAGAAAUUGUGAACACCUCUGCAGGUGAUUAUGUAGUCAUGACUAUAUACUUCGACUUAAGUAGAAGAAUGGGAUACUUCACUAUUCAAACAUACAUUCCCUGUAUAUUAACUGUUGUUCUUUCCUGGGUGUCCUUUUGGAUUAAAAAAGAUGCCACACCAGCAAGAACAGCAUUAGGUAUUACAACAGUAUUGACCAUGACAACUUUGAGCACCAUUGCAAGAAAGUCAUUACCCCGUGUCUCCUAUGUCACCGCUAUGGAUUUGUUUGUGACUGUAUGCUUUCUAUUUGUAUUUGCUGCUCUGAUGGAGUAUGCAACACUCAACUACUACUCCAGCUGCAGGAAACCAAACUGUACUAAGAAGAAAAAGUCGCUACCUGAUGUCAGUUUUGGUCAUGUGAUGAAUUAUUCUGUACUUGAUAUGAGACCACCAACUACAGUCAUCACAUUGAACAAUGCCAUGUAUUGGCAAGAAUUUGAAGAGGCAUGUGUCUAUGAAUGUCUGGAUGGGAAAGACUGCCAGAGUUUUUUCUGUUGUUAUGAAGAAUGUAAAUCAGGCUCGUGGAGGAGAGGACGGAUUCACAUAGACAUCUUAGAAUUGGACUCUUACUCUAGGGUCUUUUUUCCUACAUCCUUCCUGCUCUUUAACCUGGUCUACUGGGUUGGAUACCUCUAUCUUUAAAAGUUGCCUGUAGUGGUGAAGACUGCUGUGUUUUCACACUGAGGAGAGAUGGUAAAAGUGCAGCAAAAGUGAAGGACAUGGUCAGUUUCAUCUCAAAUUACAAAGGCCACAUUAACCUUCACCGUCACAGAGUGUGAUGAAGAAUUUUAAUUCCCUAAAAAAGAAAAAAUGGAAGAAUUAUCUCCUUACUGCUAUUCAUUUUAAGGGAAAGAUUCUUAAAAAUUCAGCUGAAUUUGUAGUGUAAGCGAUGUUUAUGAAUAAUUAUUGUAUAUUAGAAUUCUUACUAUUCUCCCUUGACAUAGAAGCUAUACACAAUUCUGUCAAAGGUUAAGUAUGUCAUUUUGUUCUUCAUUCCCAUAGUUUCUUCAAAAUAAUGCCAUAUCCCUGGGGCUUAGAGCAACACACACUGGCAUUAGCAAAUAAGCUAAAGCCAAUGAAACUACUCAUUUGUAUUUAAACUUACUUGAGCUAUGUCCCAUAAGUUCUGGGAAAUAUUUUCUUGAUUAUCUCCUUGAUAUAGAGAAACCAACAAAAGACACUAAUCUAUGUCUCUGGUGAGAUCAAAAUAGAGAAGUUACUUUCUGCACAGGUCUGGGAAUCAUGGAAUUAGAUGCCUACUUACAUGUAUUUGUUUUAAUUUGAGGUGAAAAUAACACUAAUAUUUUGAUAAAAAUAAAUGACUUGCCUAUCUCUGCACACAGGCAGCUGUAGGCAUAACUUCUACAGUUUUUCAAGAUUUUAACUGUCUUUUUUAUGACUGGUUAAACACAGGAUGGUCAUUGAAUUCUAAAGUACUUCUACUUGAAGCAGGACAAGAUCCUUCUUGUGUCAUUGUAGCAGAUCACAGUUGAUAGGCCAGGAGUAAAAAUCACUAUAAUAGCACUAGUAAUAUGUGACUUUCUUCAGAUUGAAGUGUACUAAAAAGUGCCCUCAUUCUUAUGCAUUCUUAUUUUUUUUUCUCAAUGUUAUUUUACAAAAUUAAAACAAACAAACAAACAAAAAAAACAAAACAAAAAAACACCUAGUUGCCAAAGGACAUUUUUAUUUCUUCCAUAGAAUUAAAUAUUGCAGACCUUAUCUACGUUCCCUGGAUCUGACCAGAAGAUUGAAUACAUUUUUGAAAAUUAAACUGUCACCCUUGGAUUAAAGUUGGAGUAGUUGCCACAUGUAGCAAAGGUUGAAAGGAUUUUUCCUGAACUACCAACUGUAUUUUAGUCUAGAAACUUAUUUUGUAGUUUUCAAACUUUUGACCAUUAAAUUCUUAAAAUACACAUUUUUUACAAACAAUUUGGUUUUCGUUGUCAAACUGAAUUGCUUCUUUUACAGACUGUCUCAAUAAUUGUACUUAAGCAAAGAAAGUAUUCAAAAAUCAGUAAAAAGGUCUUUCAGUGGCAAAUAGUUACAAAUCGUUGAUGAUAAACCAUACCUAAAAACUACAUUGUAUUUUUUUCUCUUCUGAAAGACUUGAUUAUUUUUUUUCUCACCUCAAAAGAAAAGAAAGAAAAGAAGUAGAUUUGAUUGAAAAGCAGUUCCUUUUCUCCUUGAGAGAAAAACAGAAAUGCUGUCAUGUUCUUUGGAACAUCACUGCCUGUCAAUGCUGUUUCCCUAUGUUUCCAGUGAAUUUUAGUGGUGAACAAUCGCAAAUAAGAAAGAUAAAUGCAGUUUAUCUUCUGUUUUUCACUUGUCCAAAAUAUAAGAAACUGGGGAUAGGUUUAGAUGGGGGAAGGAAACCACAUCUCCAAAGACUAAAAGUAAAAGAAGCAAAGAGAAGAAAUGUUUGUGGGCAAUAUCAAAACCUUACUCUUUACAAAACCUCUGAUGACCUGAUUUCAAAAUACAUCUUGAAAUUUUGAUAGCUGUCAGUAGCAAAUUACUCUGUAAACCUAUUAUCCAGUAAAUCUCUGUGUCCUGCA